AUGGACAUCAUACAGGCCGUCUCCGGCUACAUCACCAAGAUGGUGUCGGUCGGGGACAGCGCUGCGACAGGCACCACAGCGGCCAAGAUGAAGAUCCUCCUCCUCGACAACGAGACUGUCCCCAUCGUAUCCACUGCGACGACACAAUCCGCCCUCCUCAACCAUGAAGUCUACCUCACUGACCGCCUCGACAACCCAAAGCGGGAGAAGAUGCGCCAUCUUCGCUGCCUAUGCUUUGUACGACCGUCGCCCGAGUCUAUCCAGAACCUCAUCGAAGAGCUGCGAGAGCCCAAGUACGGGGAAUACAACAUCUACUUCAGUAAUAUAAUCAAAAAGUCCUCGUUGGAGCGCCUCGCCGAAGCAGACGACCACGAAGUCGUACGCGCUAUCCAAGAAUACUUCGCCGACUUCCUCGUCAUAAAUCCCGACCUCAUGUCGCUCAACCUCGGAUUUCCCGACCAUCGGAUAUGGAGCACGAGCCCGGAUGCGUGGAACCAGGAUGCGCUACAAAGGUCGACCGAGGCAGUCAUGGCCUUACUUCUGUCGCUGAAGAAGAAGCCCUUGAUACGAUACCAGAAGAACAGCCUGCUCGUCAAGAAGCUGGCGACCGAGGUUCGCUAUCACAUGACACAGGAAGAGCAACUGUUCGACUUCCGCAAGACAGAUACCCCGCCUAUACUUUUAAUUGUCGACCGAAGAGACGAUCCGGUGACACCGCUGUUGACGCAAUGGACGUAUCAGGCCAUGGUUCACGAGCUGCUCGGAAUACACAACGGACGGGUGGACCUACGCGACGUGCCGGAGAUACGUCCCGAGCUCAAGGAGAUUGUGUUAUCGCAGGAGCAGGACCCGUUCUUCAAGAAGAACAUGUAUCUGAACUUCGGUGAUUUAGGGCAAAACGCAAAAGAGUACGUCGAGCAGUUCGCGUCAAAGCAGCAGGGAUCGCAAAAGCUCGACUCUAUUGCCGAUAUGAAGCGCUUCAUCGAGGACUUUCCCGAGUUCCGCAAGCUUUCCGGCAACGUCACCAAGCACGUCACACUUGUCGGCGAAUUGAGCAGACGAGUUGGCGAGGAGAGUCUACUGGACAUAAGUGAGCUCGAACAGAGCCUGGCAUGUACAGACAACCAUUCCAACGACGUCAAAUCGCUGCAAAGGAUCAUCCAAGAUCCAAAGGUCCCGGCGAACAACAAGCUCCGGCUGGUUGCCAUCUACGCGUUGCGCUACUCAAAGACGUCGUCAAACUCCACAGCUAUGCUGCUCGACUUGCUCGCUGUUGCGGGUGGACUGUCAAGGCAUCGCAUCAACCUCAUCACAAAGCUGUUGACCUACCAUGACUCGCUGCAAGCGACUACGGCGGCAGGUGGAGUGCCGGACCUUUUCCAACCUGGGUCUUUCUUCGGAGGUGCCCGAGAUCGACUCAAGGGCUUGAAGGGUGUUGAGAACGUCUACACACAGCACUCGCCUCGCUUAGAAGCUACGUUGCAGGACAUGAUCAAGGGUCGCUUAAGCCAGCAGCUGUACCCUUUCGUCGAGGGUGGCGGAUCGACAAAGGACAAGCCGCAGGACAUCAUUGUCUUCAUGGUCGGCGGCGCAACAUACGAGGAAGCUAAGAUGGUUGCGCAAGUCAAUGCUAGUUCGCCAGGUAUUCGAGUCGUGCUCGGCGGCACCACUGUGCACAAUAGCACUUCCUUCUUGGAGGAAGUAGAAGAUGCCGUCGACUCGUGGCCCGAGCCUCCCGCUACAUCAGCUGCGGCUCGCCUGAAGAGAGAAGUAGGUAGAUAG